ACAAGCUAACGUGUGCACGCGUAGACAUUAGCGAAAACACCUUUUGGGAUUAAUAAAACGGGCUGUUGUCCAGGUUGUUCUGGGAUGGACUCGCAGUAUGUGAACCGGACUCUGGGGCUCUGUCUCUCUCAGGGUCUCGCCGAACUGAUCGAGAACAGACCGAGGGACCCCGUCCACUUCCUGGCGCUCUGGAUCCUCAAAUACAAGGAGAACCAGGAGAACCAGGAGCGGAAGUCUUCUUCUCGGAGACAGUUGGAGGAGGAGCAGCGGAGGCUUCAUGAAGAAACGCUGCACCAGAAACUCCUUGAAGACGAGGAGAACCGGAUCAGAGCCGCAGAGCAGCUCCAGGUCGCUCCAGAGCAACAGGCUGAGCCGGAAUCACCUCGUCCUCCAGACCAGGGAGAAGACCAGCAGAUAGAUGCAGUGGAUCAGACCGAGACAGAUCCUCCAGCAGAAGAUCAGAGUGAUCCAUCACACCACUCUCAAUCACAAAGGUUUACUGAAGAAAAAGAAAUAAAUCUGGGUGUUUUUCCCCAACGAGGAGGCGGGAUUGUAGAGAAUCAGAUGAGGACCGGACCUCUGAGCUCCUGA